GGGAGCGAUUUCGCCCCGGCGAACGAGGGCGACCCAACACUUCGCGGCCUCUCGCGCUCUACAUCCAUCCCCAUCCCCCACCAUGCGCGCCUGGUCCCUCGUCCUCCUCGCGCUGCCCUUCGCCACGACACACGCACACGAUCAACGCGGGCAGACUGUCCUUGGACAAGCGUCCAGGUGCGCCGCCGCCUCUUGCUCCUUGGGGGUCCGCCCGCGCCAGGCUCACGGGAGAGGUGCAGAGACGCGUACGACGCGGGCCUGUUCACCCCGUACGGCUCGCUGGGCGCGCUCUCGGCGGACUCCUUCACGACGCUCUCGCACCCCGUCUUCCCCGGCGUCAGCGUGCGGAUCAAGAAGAGCGGCGGGUUCUGCGACAACACCGUCAGCUCGUACACCGGGUACAUCGACAUCGAGGCGCGGCACAUCUUCUUCUACUUCUUCGAGAGCCGCAGCGACCCCGCGGCGGAUGACGUCAUCUUCUGGACGAAUGGCGGGCCGGGGUGCAGCUCGAGUCUGGGGCUGUUCAUGGAGCUCGGCCCCUGCCGCGUGCUCGACGCCGACGGCCCCAAGUUCCACCCGCAGAGCUGGAACGCCAACGCGAACCUGUUCUUCGUCGACCAGCCCAUCGGCGUCGGCUUCUCGUACGCGGACUUCGGCGAGGCGGUGGGCACGACGGAGGACGGCGCGAAGGACAUGGCCAGGUUCGUGUUCGUGUUCUUCGAGCACUUUAGCCAGUUCAAGGGCCGGCCGUUCCACAUGACCGGCGAGUCCUACGGGGUGAGUUGGGGAAGAUACGUGCCGGUGUUUGCUGCGGAGGUGUACGACCAGAACGCGCGCUUGCUGGAGGAUGGAUACACGCCGAUUAACUUGACUUCGGUCAUGAUCGGGAACGGGAUCACGGACUUUUACACGCAGAUGUCGUCGUCCUUCGAUAUGAUGUGUACACCCGCUUCGCUGCCGCCCUUGCUGAGCAUAUCGUGGACGGUGCUGCAGAUUCCGCGUUGCGAGGCGCGGCUCAAAAAGUCCUGCGUGGACUCGUACGACUACACCGACUGCGCCGAGGCUAACUCGUUCUGCAGCCAGUACAUCAAACAGCCGUUCUACAAGGCCGACCGCAACCCGUACGACAUCUCGAAAGAAUGCAACGCGACCAAUCGCGCUGAGAACCUCUGCUACCCCUUGACCGCGCACAUCCGCAACUUCCUCUCGAGGCCAGACGUGCGCAAGACGCUCGGCGUCGACGCCGCGCUCGACGGCACGCGCUCCUCCGCGGCGCACGUCGCGGGGCUGCUCGAGCGCGGCGUGCGCGUGCUGAUCUACGUCGGCACGUACGACUGGAGCUGCAACUGGGUCGGCAACGAGCGCUGGACACGCGGGCUCGAGUGGAGCGGGCGGGAGGCGUUUGCGGGGCAGGCGCUGCGGCCGUGGAGCAGUGCGGGGGGCACGCGCGCGGGGCUGGUGAGGGAGGCGCGGGGGUUGACGUUCUUGACCGUCGAGGGUGCGGGGCAUAUGGUUCCGUAUGACAAGCCGGAGGAGUCGCUAGAUAUGUUGCAGCGCUGGUUGGCGGGAAAGAGCUUCUGA